CUCUUCCUCCUCCUCCAAACGCGUGCCUGACAGGCCCGUCGGCGCCGGCGGCCAGGAAGGAGCCUGAGGAAGGAGGGAGGGGCGGAUGGAUGGAUCCCCGCGUGGCCUGGAUCCAGCCCGAGCAGAAAGGCCCCGCCAAUGCGCUCUGGAUGCAGAUCUGGGAGACCUCGCAAGGCCGGGGCGGCAGUGGCGGCAUAGGCUCAGCCUCCUCGCCCUCUUUGCCUUCCUCCUCGUCUUCCUCCUCCUCGGCGCCUCCCUUCCCGCCAACGGGCCCGGCCCGUUAUUCCCUCUGCCGCUUGGGCCCCGCCACGCCGCCGCUCGAAGAGGAGAGGCGGGCGCCGCGGCUGCUGCUCCUCCAGAAGUCUCCCUCAGUGUCGUCCUCCUCGGAGUCCGGAGCCGAUAGUCCCGGCGGAGGAGGAGGAGGAGGAGGCUCCUCGUCGUCGUCUGCCCCGCCGCCGCCCGCCGAAGGGAGCCCCCUGAGGGAAGAGCCGACCAAGGAAGGCGGCCCGGGGCCUCGGCCUUCGGGAGCCGCCCCUCCGCGGCAUUACUACCACCACCACCACUACUACCACCAGUACCACCCAGGCCGCAGGAAACGGGAGAACAAGGCCAGCACCUAUGGCAUGAACUACUUGCUCUCCGCCGGAGGUGGUGGAGGAGGAGGAGCCGGGGAGGGCGGCCUCUGCUCCUCCGUGCAGCCCGGCUGCGGCCUGGUCCUGCAGGGCACGCCGUGGAAAAGGAGGCCCUACAGCCCCGGCAUACAAGGACUUCAUGAAGAAAUAAUGGAUUUUUAUGACUUUAUGUCCCCUCGUCCUGAAGAAGCAGUUAUGAGAAAGGAAGUUGUGAAAAGAAUAGAAACUGUCAUCAAAGAUCUUUGGCCUACAGCUGAUGUUCAGAUAUUUGGAAGUUUUAGUACAGGGCUAUAUCUACCAACUAGUGACAUUGAUUUAGUGGUUUUUGGAAAAUGGGAAAGUCCCCCUCUGCAGCUGCUGGAACAAGCACUAAGGAAACACAAUGUAGCUGAGCCGUAUUCAAUUAAAGUGCUUGACAAAGCUACGGUACCGAUAAUAAAACUUACUGACCAGGAAACAGAAGUUAAAGUUGACAUUAGUUUUAAUGUGGAAACUGGUGUGAAGGCAGCACGACUCAUCAAAGAUUACAUGAAGAAAUACACAUUGCUGCCUUACCUGAUUUUAGUAUUAAAACAGUUCCUCCUUCAAAGGGAUUUAAAUGAAGUUUUUACUGGCGGAAUUAGCUCCUACAGCCUAAUUUUAAUGGCAAUUAGCUUCUUACAGUUGCACCCACGAAUUGAUGCUAGGAAAUUGGAUGAAAACCUAGGAAUGCUUCUGAUAGAAUUUUUUGAACUCUAUGGAAGAAAUUUUAAUUACUUGAAAACUGGUAUUAGAAUAAAGAAUGGAGGUGCCUAUGUUGCCAAAGAAGAAAUCAUGAAAAUUAUGACUAAUGGAUAUCGACCCUCUAUGUUGUGUAUUGAAGAUCCACUUCUGCCUGGAAAUGAUGUUGGAAGAAGUUGUUAUGGUGCCAUGCAAGUAAAGCAAGUUUUUGAUUAUGCCUACAUUGUUUUAAGCCAUGCAGUCUCGCCACUUGCAAGAUCCUAUCCUAACAGGGAUUCAGAAAGCACUUUAGGAAGAAUCAUUAAAGUAACACAGGAAGUGAUUGACUACAGGGCUUGGAUUAAAAAUAAAUGGGGAAGCAAAGUUAAUUUGUCACCUGAUCUUGAUAUUCAAAUAAACGAGAGAGAGACCAUAUCUCCAUGCAGCAUAGUCCAGAAUGGAGAUGCUGAACGGCUAUACAAUCAACCUUUGGCUUUGUCGUUUACUGGCACACAGCAGUUAUCAUCAGGCUCAUCUGCCUCUUCUGUGUCGUCUCUUUCUGGGAGUGAUAUUGAUUCAGAUACUCCACCUUGCACAACUCCUAAUAUCUACCACUUCAAUCUACAAGCACCAUCUCAGCUUACAACUGGUUUACCCCCAGCAUUGUCUGUGCCAAAUAGUAAAAGCCAGCCUGUGCCUGCAAGAACAUUGAUUAUGGCGACUAAUUAUCAGCAGCACAAUGGAAUUAAAUUUACUGUGAAAGGACCUCACAGUCAUAAUCAAGGCAACGGAUACAAUUCUGCCAGUAACGGAGCCGUGAGGCAGCCAGUUGGCAAUAGAGGACACCAUCCACAUAGCCGUAAUAUCUGGAGAAGAAAGAAGUAUAGAGACAGUUUGCCUAUCAGCCUUAGCAGAUAAUGGCCAGCUUCCGGGUGUCCACUUCUGACUCCUGCAGUGUGUGUGCGACAGUCGCCCUGGGGAAUUUGACACCAUCACUGAGCGCAUCAGUUUGUGGAUGUUGCCAAAUAUCUGCAUCCAAUCUUUGCAUGUUUCUUUGUGUGGUGGUUGAGUCCAUCUUAAAAGAAAUAAUUGUGCUUAUCUGUGAAGCCUUAUUCAAUGUGGAAGUUUGUCUUCUGCCUAUCCAUGAUUACUACAGUGCCGAAGCAGCUCUGGCAGGAAUAUUGGGAGGACCAUUAAUGCUGCAGCAGUUUCCUGUAGCUGUAUAUUUGUUCAUUGGAGAUUGUUUUGUUCUGUCAGAGAAAUAAUGAAUGGUUUGGGUUUUAUUUUCUGUUGUUGCAGUUUUUUGUUACUUUGCCAACUGCCUUCCCAUUUUUGAUUCGAAAUAUUUUUGUUACCUUAACUCCUAUCAAACAUAACUUGUGUGCAAUAACUGAAAAGGUUUUAAAGAUUUUUUCAUAUAAGUUAUAUUUAAGGGAUGAAAGAUACUUUUUUUUUCAUUUGCAGAUUCUUUCCUCGUUAUGUUUUUUAAGUUGGGUUCAGUGUUCUGAUGGAUUGUGUGAACAAAAUGUCCAGCUCAUAACACUAAUUACUAUUGGAAGCUCCUUAAUUUGCAGAUUGACUGUGAUCUGGUUUAAAUGUUUAUAAAAUAUAUUGAGCUACAAGAUAUUUUACCUUUCCAAUUAGCUCACUAGUCUGGCAUGUGACACUAACUCAACACUAGUUAAUGUGUUUCAGUACAAUCCAGUUCUCUUGCAUUGCACAUAUUUGUUUCAGUAGGAAUCAUGCAGGAGAAUCUGAAAUAAUUCAGUUAAUCCUUACAAUCUGGAUAGAGAUUGGCAUAAAAAAUCAGUCAUUUAGGAUAAAGAUGGCUAAGUCUGACUUCUAAAUUACACACUACCAAUUUUGUUGAUCAGUUUUACUUACCUCUGAUUGGUUGGGUCCAAGAAUUGUUUCUGGAUAAAGUAUCCAACUUAAGGAAUGUGGAGAAAGGAAUGUAUAUUGAUUCCAUUGAGGAAUCUGAUUGGCAGCAUACAUUAGUUCUGUUAAAAGCAACUACCUAAAAUGUACCUUUUGGCUUCUCUGAGCAUUUGAUUGGUUUUUUAAAGAUGGAGCAGAAUGCUUCAGGAUUAUUGCACUGAUAGGAUUGCUUCAUCAGUGAAACGGGGAGGAGGGCAAUGUUUCUUUCUCAUCUCCUAUUUAACCUGUUGCAUUUUCACAAAGUGUACCCUAACUUAGCGGGAAAUUUUGUGGAGCUGAUUUGGGGGCAACAUGAACAACCAUAGAGAGGGAAGGGGAAGAAAGUUCCACUACGCAGGUAUUCUUUAGUGCAGCAUUGGAUUUAGACUGAUAUUUAUGUGACAGGCAGUUGAUUUGAGAUGUAUACAGGUAUACUAUGCAAGUGUGUCUUGCCAUGACAACCUCUGUUACCUUUUAAAAAGUAAGAACAUGUACAACUUGCAUAGCCCUCUGUUUGAAGAGUGCCGUAUUCUAAUUUUCAGUAGCUGCAUCUUUUCAUGCUUUUUUAAAACAGUGUUAAUUCUCCAGUGCACUAUGUUAGUACCUUUUGCCUGAACAGGGAGUUUAUAAAGAAACGUCUGAAUGGGUAUGCAGAAGCAAAUAUUCUUAAAACUGAUAUUUGAAUGUGUGACAAGGAUUAGUAAUAGUAGGUUUUAAUAUCUGCAGAUAUGCUUUGGAAGUAAAUGGCAUAUAUUGAAGAAAGGUGUCAAAAAUAAUGCUAGGCCUCUGGAUUGUGAAGAGAGCAACAUUCCAAAGCAGAGUAGCACACAUUUUGUAUGCAGUUCAUCUUGAUCCGGAGUUGAUCACAAUCAAAAGUCCUUAGAUUCUUGACCUAUUAUUAAUGAAUAGUCAUAUUCAUAUUGACUGGAUGUUACUCAGAAAGAUAGGCAUACAGUGUAUGACAUAUCAGUGUCUGUUGGAAGAUGCCUUUAGUUUGUCAAAGGCAUGGCAAACAAAUAAGGCAGAGGCUUGAAAAAUGCUCAUUGUGAAAAUUGGGCAGCCUGCAGCUGGAGAUGAACAGUUAGUACUCCUGGUGGUCAAUCAUACACAAUAAUAUAAUACAACAUGUGGGGAUAAUACUUGGAUACUGGGGCUGGAAUCCUGUCAUAACACUAGGGCUUCUCAACACACCCUCUCUUGGAGGAAUUUUAGUAUUUAAGCAGCCUUUGAGGCAGUGUAAAGGGAUGCCUGCUCCCACUGCACAAGCAGAAAUACACAAGCUUCAUGAGAUCCUGGCCCUAAUUGUUGUAAAUGCAUCUCCAGGCAAAUGAUUAUAUUAUAAAUGAUAACAUUUCUGAAUUGCCAAAAUUUCAGCCUCUCCUGACACUGGAUCUGCAACUUUAGAUUAACAAUUUUUUAGAACCUUGUGAAAGGUUUUGAAGAGAUGUUGGUACAAUAAGGGAUUAAAACUUGGAAUAAAACCAGUAUUCAAGGGCUGAUUAUUGACUCAUAUUCACUCUUACAUGCUAGCAAUAUUGAUUAUGAACAUACAUUAUGGGAGCCAUGGUCUCCUAAAUAGUGUCAGUUUAAAAGCAGGAUAGGCUUAAGAGAAGCAGAUAUCAUGUUCCAUUUCAGUCAUGGUGAACCAAUAAAUUGCACUGGCUACCACUCUGGUUAUGUUCUCUGCCGCUGUGGAUAGCUGAUUAAAAUAUCAUGUUAUUCUUUCUGUCUGUAUAACAAUGUGGGAAGCUAAAAUAUUUUUAUGUGAAGUUUUGUAUUCUUUGAUUUUUAAUAAAUUUUCAAGGCCA